GCCCCGUUCCUCAGUCCUUAUAUGGGCAGUGACGUCCCGGGCAUUCAGGGGGCCCCCAUAAAUAGUUACCGCCAGACUUGUCCUCCAGCGCGAGCUGCGGCGGGAGCGCGGCGCUCCCGGGGCAUCGCGGCCACCGAACCGCCGCGACGGGGCGGCCGCCCGCCCGCACAUGCCGCGCCGGCUCCCCGCCGUUCCCCCGCGCCGGUAGUGGGAGGCAGGGGGAAGCGCCCCCUCCUCGCCCUCCCCUCCCCGCCCCGAGCGCCCACCGCCGGCCAGGAGCGCCGCUCCCGCGGCCGCCCCGCUGCCCCCAUGAUGACCGCCAAGGCGGUGGACAAGAUCCCGGUGACCCUCGGUGGGUUCGUGCACCAGCUCCCCGAGGGCAUUUACCCCGCGGAUGACAUCUCGGCCGCGCUGCCAACUUCGGUGGCGAUCUUCCCCAAUGCCGACCUGGCAGGGCCGUUUGACCAGAUGAGCGGUGUGGCAGGAGACGGCAUGAUCAACGUGGACAUGGGCGACAAGAGGGCCCUGGACCUGCCCUACGGUGGCGGCUUCGCGCCCAACGCCCCGGCUUCCCGCAACCAGACCUUCACCUACAUGGGCAAAUUCUCCAUCGACCCGCAGUACCCCGGCGCCGGUUGCUACCCCGAGGGCAUCAUCAACAUCGUGAGCGCGGGGAUCCUGCAGGGGGUCAGCACGCCUUCCUCCGCCGCCUCCUCCGCCGCCUCCUCCGCCUCCUCUGCCGCCUCCUCGGCCACCGCCGCCUCCACCGCCUCCCCCAACCCGCUGGCCGGGGCCCUCGGCUGCACCAUGGCACAGGGACAGCCGGCCGACCUGGAGCAUCUCUACUCGCCGCCGCCUCCGCCCUACUCGGGUUGCGGUGACCUGUACCCUCAAGACCCCUCCUCGGCUUUCCUGCCCGCCGCCGGCGGCGGGGCGCUGCCUUUUCCCCCGCCGCCCUCCUACCCCUCCCCGAAGGCGGCGGCGGCCGACGGCGGGCUCUUCACCAUGAUCCCCGAGUACGGCGGCUUCUUCCCGCCGCCCCAGUGCCAGCGUGAGCUGCACCCCGGCCCCGACCGCAAGCCCUUCCCCUGCCCCCUCGACUCUCUCCGCGUCCCACCGCCCCUCACGCCACUCUCCACCAUCCGCAACUUCACGAUGGGGGCGCCCCCGGCGGGCGCCGCCCCCGGCAGCGCUCCCGGCGGCGGCGGCGGGGGCGAGGGUGCGGGAGCCCGGCUGCCCGCCGGCGCCUACAGCCCGCACCACCUGCCGCUGCGGCCCAUCCUGCGGCCCCGCAAGUACCCCAACCGGCCCAGCAAGACGCCGGUCCACGAGCGGCCCUAUCCCUGCCCCGCCGAG